AGCGUGACGUAUGAAAUCACCCGAUCGGCGGUCUGUUCUUCAUUGGCUAGUGUCUCGUGGCGUUAUGUGUUGCGUUGAUAAACUCGUCUGUUGAUGCAUCGGUGGUUUCCGACGGACCUCAUGAACGAUGUUGACGGCGUGGCCAAGAUCUUCGCUGCCUAAACAUUGAAGUAAACAUUGAUUGAGUUUAUAAUCGGUUGUCGGCCCUCCCCUUCAGGGGACGCGGACCGCUUGGACAUGGACAACUCAUCUGCUUCUGAUAUUGACGACAUGUUCAGCCUCAUGCCGGAGUCCCUCAUCGGGAGCUCGGAGCUGUUCGACAACGAGCUGCUCGGCUCCCUGCCCUCCCUGCCGGACGACCCGGCCUUGAUGGGCAUCAAGGAGGAGGACCUGGACUUGGAGCUGUUUGACGGGGGCCUGGGGCCAGAGGCCAUGCAGCAAGGGGGCCUCUUCGUGCAGGAGGUUCUGCCCCCACCCCCACAGCAGCAGCAGCCGGAGGCCCCCAAGAGGACCCUGCUGCCCCACAAGGUGUGCCUGCCGGCAUCGCAGGUGGCGCCGUCCCAGGUGCCCGUCUCCCAGGUGGCGCCGCAGCAGAAGGUGACGGUGGUGCGGCCCUUUUCGCACCAGGCGCCCCGGCGGGCAGUUCAGCCGGCUCCGAUGCCCUCGGUGGCGGAGCUGCUGGCGGCCCUGAAGGAGCAGCAGCAGCAGCAGCAGCAACGCAUCACCCGCCUCUCCCAGCUGCCCACCCAGAAGGUGCAGCAGAUGCUCCUGCAGCAGCUAGUGAAGGACGGGGGAGCGGGCGCCGGAGGGGGCAGCAUCCUGGCGUACACGCCCCUCUCUCCGGCACCCGUGGUGGCCGCCCCCCAGACCGCACCCAUGCUCACCACCUCUGCCAUCCCCCUGGUGUUGGACACCGACCGCCUGAGCAGGGUGGUUGCUGUGAAGCCCCCCAACAAGGGGGAGAAGCGUAACGCCCACAACGCCAUCGAGCGCCGUUACCGCAGCAGCAUCAACGACAAGAUCGUCGAGCUCAAGAACAUGGUGGUGGGCCCAGAGGCCAAGCUGAACAAGUCCGCUGUGCUGCGCAAGGCUAUCGACUACCUGCGCUACCUGCAGAACGCCAAUGCCAAGCUGAAGCAGGAGAACGUGGCCCUCAAGAUGGCUGUGCAGCGCACGGGGGCCUCCGGUGGGUGCGGGGGGCGGAAGCGGCGGGGUUCCAGCCGUCGUGCUGGCCACAGUCGUUUUUUGGUCACUCCGCUCACGGCGCAUGCCCCGCGUGCAGUGGGAGACAUCCUGCAAGAGGCCAGGGCCGGGCAGCAGGCGGUGGACUCCAGCCAGGAGGCCAUGACCCCGCCCUCCUCGGACCUGGCCAGCUCCCCGGACCAUGCCCUGGAUGAGAGCAGCAGCGGACUCUCGGAGCCGCCGUCGCCUAUCCGGGCAGAGGUGUCCGCUGAGGAGUUCCCGGGGGUGGAGCGGACGGCCAUGCUGCACAGCUCGCGCAUGGUGUUGUGCGUCUUCGUGCUGGCCCUGUUUGUCUUCGACCCCGUGGGCUGGCUGCUCGCCGGAGGAGGCUCCCUGCCGGCUGCCACCUCGGCCCACGCGGGCGGGCGCUCCAUCCUGUCUGCAGGACCAGAAGUCGACCCUGCCGGCUGGUCCGUGCCCUGGUCGUGGCUGGCGAGCGCGGCGGUGUCCCUCUGCUGCCUGGCCUGGUUGCUGGUCAGGGGGGACCCCCUGGCACGACCGGGGCCCCGCCAGCAGUCCGUCUUCUGGAGGCACCGCAAGCAGGCCGACGCACACCUGGCGGAGGGCGACGGGGUGCGUGCCGCUGAGCAGCUGUGCCGCUGCCUGUGCUCCCUGGGUCAGCGGGGGGACUUGGGCCUGCUGGAGUCGCUGUGCGGCGUCUGCUGGCAGGGGCUCAGGCAGGCCCUGCACUGGGCCCCCCUGGGGCUCUGGCUGGAGCAGAAGGCUGCGGGGGGCCUGGGCCUGCACCCGGAGGAGAGGGCCCGCAUGGCUGCACACCUGGCGCUGGCUCACCUGCAGCUCGGCGAGCUUCACAUGCUGGGUCACGUUCCCCGGUGGGGCCGCUGGCAGGGCCUGUCGCACGCCCUGAGCGCCCUCAACUGGGCGCAGGUGGCGGGGCCGGCCCAACUGGGACCCCGCGUGAUGAGCAGGGCCUGUCUCGGGGCCACCCUGCGCCUGCUAGACUGCUGCCACGUCCGACUCCACUUUGCUCCCCGCCUGCUGCUAUUCCAAGCGCGGCGCGUCUGGGGCCCCGCGGUGCCCUCAGACCUGCAGUGGGUCUUCGAGGGGACCGGCCGCAGCUUCCUCCUGGGCCGGGGCUGGGCCCCGCUUCAGGACUCUCCCUGCGUCCUCACCUCACGGGGGGACCCCUGCUCUCUGCUGGCUGCAGUGGCGCAACGUUACCGCGAACACCUGCUGGAGCGCGCGGUAGCAGCCCUGGCUACAGCCAGCAGACCCAGCCGUGGGGACAUGGACCCCCUGCGUCUUCUGGACCUGGUGGAGGGGUGCAGCCAGGAAGGUGGGGCCCUGGGGGCGGGCCCCAUGGACGAAGGGGCCCUCUGGUGGGCCGGCCUGCUCAGGGUGGCGCUGCUCUGGGCCCGGGGCGACGAGGCCCCCGCCGAGGGGGCACGGCUGCGCCGGCUGCCGCCAGACACGGAUCCCCUGGCCCACGCCAUGGCCCUGGCCCUUGCGGCUCGGAGGGAUUUCCUGACGGGCCAGCAUGCGUCCCCUAGGGAGACCCUGGCCGCCUGCGAGCGUGCCAGCAGCCGCCUCUGGGAGUGCGCCGGCCGUGGCUCGAGUCCGUCCAGCCAGGUGCUGGUACAGAGCGGCUGCGAGUGGCUGUUGCAGACGCGUGCCCAGCUGUGGGAAAGGGGGGCCCGGGGCCCCCCCGGGGCGGCCCUGGCGGAGGGCUUCCGCAGGGACCUGACCCUGCUCCGGAGGCUGGCGCAAGACGCCCCGCACCUGCAGCUCAAGCUGCAACUGUACGAGGCCACGAUGCGAGUGCUGUGCGGAGCCAACCCCGUGCGGACGCAGCUCGCCCUGGACCGCUGCCUGCGCAGGAGGCUCUCCCACUACCCGUCUGUCGUGUGCGCCAAGGGAAGCGUAGAGCCCGAGCCCCAGCGCGAGGAAGCGGAAGCCCUGCUGCUGUCCGUGAAGCACCUGGGCCCGCUGUGGGGUCGCGACCAGCGAGAGGCGCUCCUGGCCCAGGCUGCAGCCAUCCUGGGUGCGCUGGGACACACGCAGGCCCUGGCGCACUGCCACCGGCUCAUGGCCACUCCGACCCUGGCCGCCUGAGCGUUUCGGACUUACAAUGCACCUCGAACGUUGCUUCAACGUCUAGAACGGUGCAACGCUCUUCUUGAGCCUGGUCCUAGAAUCCAGUCUCUGGUCCCUGUUGCUGUCUCCAGUCCUUGACCUGAGUCUUUGAUCCAGUCCGAUUCCAGACCCUUACCCCCGUCCCUGACCCCAGAUCUUGACCCCUGUCCCUGACCCCAGACCCUGACCUCUCCCAUGACCUUAUCUGACCCGGCGGCAACUCUACGCACGCUUGACUGACGAGAACCCCCUUAUUUAUUAUAUUUUUUCGUUAUGCACACCCUUACAGGUUUGAGCCAGAGUUUUUAUAAAUGCUCGUCGUAGACAUAUACUCGGCGUCGACUAUUUUGUGCUACAUUGUCGAGGCCAGCGUAGCCUCCACGGUGCAGCAGCAUUGCUGCGAGAGCAUGUGGCUUUGCCUCGUGUCUCAUUCGCACGCGCUCACGCAACUAUGCAGUCGGAGCUUGGCAUUCUGACGUCACCAUAACCUCUGCAAAAGAAGCAGACGAACUUGCACUCACUUACUAGUUGUGCGCAGCAUUACCAAAGGUACAGGGAUAACGCAAGCAGUUGAAGAGGAGGGUAAGGAGGAACUCUUUUGUUUGCCCCCUUCAGAGUCUGUCACUGAAUUUUAGCACAAAAGCGGCUUUCCUUCCUCUUCUGCCGGUGGCUUCCACGGCACUGCGCACAACUAGUUAGAUGGAGUAUAUCUUUGAAAGCGUUGCAGCACUGCGGAAGCAACACUAGCCUCGACAACAUAGCACAUAUAGCCAGUGCCGAGUAUAGGUCUGCUUUGGGUCUACCUUAAAUUUGCGCAUUGUCAAGUGUACAUACGCGUGCGCUUUGCUCUGGUUCAACCAAGCACCCAUCCCAUAGUGGCUUCCGAUUUCACGCUCGAUACAUCGGGUAGACCCAGUCUGCAAGCUAGCUGGCUGCAGAAAUCGGAUCUCUAAUAAAUUUUUUUUGUACAGAG